UAUUUCAGUUUUUAUUUUUUAUUUUUUCUGUUUUUUUCAGUUCCCCCAUUUUCCCUUCUGUUGUUAUUUUGUUGUUCGUUGGUUUUUUUCCCUUUGUUGUUUGUCUAUUUUUUUUUUUAGUUAUUAGUUUCUAAUUGUUGUUUGUUCUCUUGUGGUUUGUCCUUUUUGUCUUUGUUGUUGUAUAUUUUAUUCUUAAAUUUAGUAGUUGGUUUAUAAUUGGUUUGUUUUAUCAUAUUUUUAAAUUUUAAUUUUUUUGGUUACAUUUUCAUUUAUUUUUUAGUUAGUAUUAGUUUAGUUAGUAUUAGUAUUAUUAGUAAGUUUAGCAUAGUUAGUAUUAUUGGUAGAGUAGUUAAGUUAGCACCGUUAAUAUUUAGUUAGCUUAGUUCUUUUUUGAGUACUAUUAACAUUAGCUUAAUAGUACAUUUGUUAAUUAAUAGCAGAGCUAGUGCAGAGUUAGCUCAGCACUAUCAGCAUAGUAAGAUCUGCUAAGUGUAGUGAGCGGGAUCCACAACUCACUAUGCUUAGGCGCCGCCCUCCCAAGGACGUGAAGAUCAAAAAUUACGCGGUGCUCGGGGCGCUGGGGGAGGGCUUCCACGCCAAGGUGAAGCUUGCGCUGCACACACCCACGGGCACGGAGGUGGCCAUCAAGAUCAUCCGGAAGGACAAGGUGGCCCACCGCAAGUGGCUAGCCAGCGAGGUGGGGUGCAUGAAGGCGCUUUGCCACCCAAACAUCAUUCAGCUAUUCCAAGUGGUGGACACCAGAGACGAGCUGCUGCUGGUGAUGGAGUACGCGGAGGGGGGCAACCUGGAGGACUACCUGCACCAGCACGGGCGCCUGAAGGAGAGCGAGGCCCGCCAGAUAUUUUGGCAGCUUCUCUCGGCCCUCUCCUAUUGCCAUGCCAAAGGCAUCGCGCACAGAGACCUGAAGCCUGAGAACCUGCUCUUAGACCAGCACAAAAAUAUCAAGGUGGCGGACUUUGGACUCGGUGUCCAGUGCGCCAACCAGGCGCUGAGUACAUACUGCGGAAGCCCAGAAUUCACGGCCCCGGAGAUCUACCUUCACCAGAUGUACAAGGGCCCCACGGCGGACGUCUGGAGCCUAGGAGUGAUCCUCUACAACAUGGUCACCGGGGAGAUGCCCUUCGUGGGGACCAACGCCCGGGAGCUCCGGGAUAGUGUCCUGAGUGGGCACUACUAUGAGCCUGACUACCUCUCGGAGCAGUGCCGGGACCUGCUACGGGAGUUGAUGGUGCGGGACCCCCAGAGCAGAAGCGCCUUAGAAAGCAUCAUCCAGCACCCCUGGGUGAGAAUGAAAAACGGACUCCUGCCCUGGCGCGAGCCAGCCCACGGCCACCACGACAAUGCCAUAAUAGAAGCCAUGGUCAGCAUGGGUUAUGAGAGACACGAAAUUGUCAGGGCGCUUGAGGAGGGGAAAUAUAACGAUGUCAUGGGGACAUACCUGAUACUCCACUACAGGAAGCGGGAGGAGGAAGGUUGGGGCCACGCCUUCUUCCGCGAGCCUUCCCCUCCUCCUGUGGCCCCCUGGGACCUGGCUUCGGAGGCGUGCCCCCCGCAGCCUGAGGUUAGCGGGGAGGAUAAACUACGGAUCGUGUCAUGUUACCUGCAGACACAGGAGUUCACCCCGGGGAGCAAGCACAUCUCUGAGAGUUCAUUCCAGCUGGAGGAUGCCACCACCAUGCCAGGCCUCCAGCUGGAAGACGCCUGGGGUCCCAGCACCACCUACGUGCCAACCGCACUGCUGAUGGAUGCCUGGGAGCCAAGCACCGCCACCUUGCCAGGGCCCCCGCUGGAAACGGUCAGGGAGCAGAGCAGCACAUCCUUGCCAACCCCCCAGCUGGAGGGCCCUGGGGAGCACAGGACCACCUCGGUUCCAGGCCCCCCCCUGGAGGGGGAUCAGGUACGCAGGAGCAAAACCUCCAGCCCAGCCCCCCAGCCCUCCAUCACCACCCAAAGACCUCCCCCAAGAAGCCGCUGGAGCUUCCUGUUUCACAGCAAUGCAGUGGCCCCUGCAGAAGGAGUGGGCCAUGAAAAUGAUGGUUACAAGUCCAAGUCCACUGUUAAUUCCAACCAAGGUAGAAGGGCCAAAGCUCGAAGAAUAAUCAAUACUCUAUUAAAAUGUUGCUGCUUUUGCGCACCAUGCCACUGAAAAUACCUCCACAGCAGAGUUUCACACAGCCAGAGACUAAGAGUAUUACCACCACACUCUGUAGAAUUCCCCACCUCCAAAGGGCAGCCACCCAGUGACCAUGGUGAACAGGAGCACACCAGGGGAGAGCGAGGCUCUGGAGAGGGAUCAGGGGCUGAGCCCAGUCAGAGGGCCAGAAGCAGCAUGAGACGUGUCUUGGAGCACAGAUGUCCGGGCAGCACAGAAGUCCAAGGAGCAGAGCAGGUGAAGGGCCAGGAGGCAGCCACGAUGGACACACUGGCUUCCCACUACAGGAGGACCUCCAGGUGACCUGCUCUGCCUGUGGAGCACUGGGGCGUGGAGGCAUCUGAACGUUCUUUUUCUGCCUGAAGGAGACGGUCUGAAAUGGAUUGUUUAGUUAAAAUGUCCAUCCUAUGACACAUUAAAUCCAUGUUUGA